CAAGCCGUCAAGCGGUCAAAUGGGUCAUCAAAAUAAGGAGACAAACAUUACUGUGAGACCACUGUAAAAAUACUUGGCGCUCGCUGUAACAAUUUGAACGGGACGGUGACAUUGUAUUGGAGAACUAGCGGCGGCACCACCACGACAGAUAAACUAGGGUUUUGUAGAUAUCUAUAAUGGCGUCUCAUUCGUCUAGAACUCAAAUCAAUCAGUUUUUCCCUUCGAAAAAGAGAAAAGCGUUAUCGCCUGGGUUGAAGCAUGGAAGGACUGGAAAAGAUGCAAAACUAGCAUCAGAUGGUUCUCCGAGCGAAAAAGGUACUUUGGACAAUUAUUUGGUGAGUUCACAGGAUCAGAGUCGUGGUUCGUUGUCUAGGCACGAUGCAGUUAAAAGAAAUUUGGCAUUGGAUAUAAAUGAAAGCUUGAAAGAUGAAAAUAAGGAUUCACAAAUUCCUGACGGAGUUGGAACUAUUAAGAAGGAAGCAUCUCAAGGUUCGUCUUAUGCUGGCAGCAUUACAGUUGGAAAAGUUUGCUCACCUUCGAGACACAGUGAAGAAAAUACAGAAUUACAACAGUUUGCAAACGACUUUUUGUCUUUGUACUGUAGUGAACUCAAAUCAACAGCAACUUCACCGUCUAAGCCAAAGUUGGACGACCAUAAGAGACUUGGUAGUCCUUUAUUGGUGGAUAAUGAGGAUAAAACAUCAAAGAAGAAGCAUUGUAUCAUCAAAGAAGAAACAUCAAAAGGAGCUAUCUCUGUUGAGAAAAAGGCAGAAAACAAACAAUCUACUUUACAGGCUGCGGUUGUCGGUGAACUCACUCUGCUGCAAGCUAGCUUGAGAAAAUGCAAUAAAGUGUCUAAAUCACCUGUUCAAAUAGCUGAAUACUGCACACCAGGCUCAUCAAUUGUUAAAUCACGUGCUCAGGUUACACCCAGGUCAACACGUGGAAGCUCCAUAUUUUCUCCAGGAGAAGCAUUCUGGAAUGAAGCAAUUGAAAUUGCUGAUGGUUUACUUACCGAAGCUCAUCAUCCUGUUGCUUUGGCUAUUGAAUGUGCUAACAUUGAGAGUUGCAGUGACAAGUCGAGGCAAAUUUUGAGUGAAGCAAGCAGCAGAAUUCAGCAGAUUGGAAACACAUAUUCUUUGGAGUUACUGAGGGCUCACACAAGAGAUUCCAUUAUAGAAUCUUCUACCUUACCUGUCAGGAAUCUUGACCCUUUGUUUGAGGACAAAAACUUGAAUGCAGAUUCCCCAUAUUGUUCAGUAGAUGAUCCAAAUGUGCUCAAGAGUGGUGAACAAUCUGAAUGUGGUUCAGUAAACAUUAAAAUCUCAAAAAUUGGCAAAAGUGCAGCUUAUAGUGAAUGUCAAACAAAAGAAGAGAUGUCGGAAGUGCACAAGGCGGAGUCUAUUCAAGCAAUGAUGAAAAGGAAAGAAGAUUUUUUAUGUCAACACUCAGAUAAAACUAUGUAUAGGUCACCAAUCAAUGAAAUAAAGAAUCCAGUUUCUAACAGUGGAUAUCGUGAAGCAUGCACUCCUUCAAGUAUUGUGCCGCUUCAAGACCAAUUAGAUCUUGACAAUUGGCUUCCUGCAGAAGUAUGCAGCAUAUAUAGAAGGAAAGGAAUUUCGAAACUGUACUCUUGGCAGGUUGAUUGUCUUAAAGUGGAUGGAGUUUUGCAGAGAAGGAAUCUCGUAUAUUGCGCAUCUACUAGUGCUGGAAAAAGUUUCGUUGCUGAAAUUUUGAUGCUGCGGCGGGUUAUGUCAACUGGGAAAAUUGCAAUUCUUGUACUUCCUUAUGUAUCAAUUUGUGCAGAAAAGGCUGAACACCUGGAGAGCCUUUUGGAACCGCUUGGUAAGAAUGUCCGUAAUUAUUAUGGUAACCAAGGCGGUGGAACACUUCCUAAAGAUACGUCUGUUGCUGUAUGCACUAUAGAGAAAGCGAACUCAUUAAUAAACAGAUUGCUGGAGGAGGGGCGUUUGUCAGAAAUUGGAAUCAUUGUGAUAGAUGAACUGCACAUGGUUGGUGAUCAGAAUAGGGGUUACCUUUUGGAACUUAUGUUGACAAAGCUUCGAUACGCUGCUGGUGAAGGCAAUUCAGAAUCUAGCAGCGGAGAAAGCUCAGGUACAAGCAGCAAGGGUGAUCCUGCUCAUGGUCUGCAAAUUGUUGGAAUGAGCGCAACAAUGCCAAAUGUGGCAGCAGUUGCUGAUUGGCUUCAAGCAGCAUUAUACCAGACAAAUUUCCGACCUGUUCCACUGGAAGAGUUUAUUAAAGUUGGCAACACGAUUUAUAACAAGACACUGGAUAUUGUUAGAACAAUUCCAAGAGCAGCUGAACUAGGCGGUAAAGAUCCAGAUCACAUUGUGGAACUGUGCAAUGAGGUUGUUCAAGAUGGUCAUUCAGUGUUAAUAUUUUGCUCUAGUCGGAAAGGAUGUGAAUCAACUGCUAAGCACAUCUCCAAGUUCCUAAAGAAUUUUUCAGUAAAUAUUCAGAAUGAUAGUGAAUUUCCUGACAUUGCUUCAGCUAUUGACACAUUGAGAAGAUGCCCAGUGGGAUUGGAUCCUAUACUUGAAGAAACUCUUCCUUCUGGUGUUGCUUACCAUCAUGCUGGCCUCACAGUUGAGGAAAGAGAAAUUAUUGAAGGCUGUUACCGGAGAGGCCUUUUACGAGUCUUGACGGCUACGUCUACCUUAGCUGCUGGGGUUAAUUUGCCUGCUAGAAGGGUCCUUUUCCGACAACCUAGGAUUGGACGUGAUUUUAUUGACGGGACUAGGUAUAGACAAAUGGCGGGUCGGGCUGGCCGGACAGGAAUUGAUACUAAAGGAGAAAGUAUACUGAUAUGCAAACCAGACGAACUGAAAAGAAUCAUAGGACUACUUAAUGAAAAUUGUCCACCAUUGCAGUCUUGUCUCUCUGAAGAUAAAAAUGGAAUGACUCAUGCAAUUUUAGAAGUUGUGGCUGGUGGAAUUGUUCAAACUGCUGAUGAUAUUCAUCGAUAUGUUAGAUGUACUCUUCUUAAUUCUACAAAACCGUUCACUGAUGUUGUGAAGUCAGCACAAGAUUCUCUCCGGUGGUUGUGUCACAGAAAAUUUCUUGAAUGGAGUGAUGAUACGAAGUUAUAUAGCUCCACACCACUUGGACGUGCAGCUUUUGGCAGUUCUCUUUGUCCAGAAGAAUCACUUAUUGUGUUAGAUGAACUUUGUAGAGCAAGAGAAGGAUUUAUCCUUGCAUCUGAUUUGCAUCUUGUAUACUCAGUCACACCAAUCAAUGUUGAAGUGGAACCAGACUGGGAAUUAUACUAUGAAAGGUUUAUGGAGUUGUCCCCUCUUGAAAAGUCUGUUGGGAAUCGGGUUGGAGUUUCAGAACCCUUUUUGAUGCGUAUGGCUCAUGGAGCACCCCUGCGCGCAUUGAACAGACCAGCUGGCAAUAUGAAAGGGCUUCAAGGAAAGUUAGAAAAUCAGCAUGGGAAGGCAAAUAACAAUAUGAUUUCAGAUGAGCAAUCACGUAGAGUGUGCAAACGAUUUUACGUUGCUCUUAUCCUGUCAAGGCUAGUGCAGGAAACACCUGUAGGUGAGGUUUGUGAAGCUUUUAAGGUUGCUAGAGGCAUGGUUCAAGCCUUACAAGAAAAUGCUGGAAGGUUUGCGGCUAUGGUUUCUUUGUUUUGUGAAAGACUUGGAUGGCAUGAUCUCGAAGGCUUGGUUUCUAAGUUCCAAAGUCGAGUUUCAUUUGGAGUGAGAGCAGAGGUUGUGGAGCUUACUACUAUUCCAUAUGUUAAGGGUUCUCGAGCAAGAGCACUAUACAAAGCAGGUCUCCGUACACCUCUGGCUAUUGCUGAAGCAUCUCUUUCUGAAAUUGUUAAGGCUAUUUUUGAAUCUUCAUCAUGGACUAUACAAGAGGGUUUUGCACAAAGGCGAUUACAAAUGGGAGUUGCUAAGAAAAUCAAGAACGGUGCACGCAAAAUUGUCCUCGAUAAAGCUGAAGAGGCAACAGCUGCUGCAUUCUCAGCUUUUAAAUCUCUUGGGCUUAGUGUCCCUCAGUUCUCUAGGCCAUUAAUGGUGAACACUUCUGUAGAUGAUGUUGAUAAAGGUCUUGCAAGUAACAUAUCUGGAGGUGGUACCACUGAUGUCUGUCUUCCUUUGGAGCAAAGAGACAAGGCUUCUUCCGAUUUGUGCAUAGAACAGAGCAAGAAAUGUGCUAAAGUUACUCUGGGAAGUGAACGAGAUAAUUUGAUCGAAACAGUUGAUGUUUCCUUAAUGGCUCCAGCAACAACAGAUUUAACUUGCCCGAUGCAAUGUAAAUUUGAUGCUGAAAAUUCUGCAGUGCUGGUUAAAAAGUCUUUGAACCUUGAUAGUGAGUUAGAUGCUAUAGUCAAUCAUAAUGCAAAUGCAGUUGUCAUCUUCCCUAUCAAGUCAGAACAAGAUGGUGAUAGUAUUGGUACAUAUGACAGGAAUAUUCACAAAGAGGUACAUGAAUUGAGUAACAGACAAAAUUUGUCCUGUGACAACAUGGAAAAUGUUUGUGAGAAAGGCCCUAUAAAUGCAAUUAGUAUUUCUGGGGGCUUUGAUUCUUUCUUGGCUCUCUGGGACUCUGCCCAAGAAUUUUACUUUGACCUCCAUUAUAGUAAAAAAUCAGAAGUGAAUUUUAUAGCACCUUAUGAAAUACACGGUAUGGCAAUAUGUUGGGAAAACUCUCCUGUAUACUAUGUCAAUAUUCCUAAAGAUCUAUUAUUCUCUGACAACCGAAAGAAUGCUUUGCCACCUGAAAAUUGGCUGGAGGUAGUUAGGCGUAGAUGGAAUCAAAUUGCUAAAAUACUGGGGAAAAAAGAGGCCACAAAGUUUACUUGGAAUUUCAAAAUUCAGAUUCAAGCGUUCAAGAAUGCUGUAGUUUCCAUUCAGCGAUUUGGGUGCAUGAAUCUUAAAAGUUUGGAUCUUGAACUCAUAGACAGUACAUACAUAUCAUUGCCAUCCACCAAUAUCAAUGAAGUUAUUGACAUGUGCAUCGUGGCCUGGAUUCUUUGGCCGGAUGAGGAGAGAAGUUCUAAUCCAAGCUUGGAGAAGGAAGUCAAGAGAAGGUUAUCCGCUGAGGCUAUUGCAACUGCUAAUAAGAAUGGCAGGUGGAAGAAUCAGAUGCGAAGAGUGGCUCACAAUGGUUGCUGUCGCCGAGUUGCACAAAUGCGAGUUCUUGGUUCAGUUCUUUGGAAGUUGCUUAUUUCUGAGGGACUUGUCGAAGCACUUAAGAAAAUUGAGAUCCCUCUGGUAAAUAUUCUUGCAGAUAUGGAACUUUGGGGUAUAGGUGUUGAUAUGGAGGGCUGCCUUCGAGCGCGUAACGUGCUGGGGAAAAAGUUGCGACAUCUUGAGAAGAAAGCAUAUGAGCUGGCUGGAAUGACAUUUUCUCUUUAUACUGCAGCAGAUAUUGCAAAUGUGCUCUAUGGACACUUGAAGCUACCCAUACCUAAAGAGCAUGGAAAAGGGAAACGACAUCCAAGUACAGACAAACACUGUUUGGAUUUGUUAAGAAAUGAACAUCCUAUCAUUCCAGUCAUUAAAGAGCACCGGACCUUGGCUAAGCUUUUCAACUGUACACUGGGUUCAAUAUGUACACUUGCUAGGCAAUCUAUGAGGACACAGAAGUACACACUACAUGGCCAUUGGCUCCAGACAUCUACUGCAACUGGGAGGCUCUCAAUGGAAGAACCAAAUCUGCAGUGUGUUGAACAUUUGGUUGAGUUCACAAUGAGUAUUGAUAAAAAUGGCGGUGAUGCUGAAGCUACUCAUUAUAGUAUAAACGCACGUGACUUCUUUGUUCCUACUCAGGAUAAUUGGUUAUUGUUAACAGCAGAUUAUUCUCAGAUAGAGUUGCGGUUAAUGGCACACUUCUCUAAGGAUUCCUCGUUAAUCAAGUUUUUCAGCAAUCCACAUGCUGAUGUUUUCACCAUGAUAGCAGCUAGAUGGACUGGGAAGGCAGAAGAUUCGGUUGCAUCACAUGAGCGAGAUCAGACAAAACGGUUGGUAUAUGGCAUUCUUUAUGGAAUGGGUGCUAACACGCUUGCGGAACAACUGGACUGCAGUUCAGAUGAGGCUGCAGAAAAAAUUAAAAGCUUUAAAAGCUCUUUUUCUGGUGUUGCUUCCUGGCUUCGUGAAGCAGUAGCAUUCUGCCAUAAAAAUGGUUAUAUAGAGACCCUCAAGGGAAGAAAGCGCUUCUUAUCAAAAAUAAAAUUUGGAAAUAGUAAAGAAAAGUCAAAAGCUCAGAGACAAGCAGUUAAUUCUAUCUGUCAGGGAUCUGCUGCUGAUAUAAUCAAAAUUGCUAUGAUAAACAUAUACUCUGUGAUUGUUGGAGUUGAUGGGCCUGAUUCAAGUUCUGCAGUUGCAUCUAAGUUUCACAUGCUGAAAGGGAGGUGCAGAAUUCUUUUGCAGGUGCAUGAUGAAUUAGUCUUGGAAGUUGAGCCCUCUGUGCUCAAGGAAGCUGUGUCUUUGUUACAAACAAGCAUGGAAAAUGCCGUAUCACUUCUUGUUCCAUUGCAAGUCAAACUGAAAGUUGGAAGAACCUGGGGUUCUUUGGAGCCUUUUCAGGUUGAUCCCUGUGUUAAUGAAGUGAUUGAUUGAUGUAAAGUGGCUAUAAGGAAUUUCUUCGAAGUUUUUACGGGUUGAACCUUUGAUGUUUGAUGACAACCAGCAUAUCUAAACUACAACCUACGUUUGGUCAUGUUUUCAGAGAAAAUGACACAUUUCUAGGAAAGGGAUAAGUUUUCGCAUGUGCCAAGUGAAUUGCAGUUCUGCCGUAAUAAACAUCAGGCAACUUUACCUUUGGGAGUAUUAAGUUUUGUUUCUUGCUGUUAAACCACAUAGGUGUGGAAUUGAUUAUACAAGCCACAUAGUGGAUGUUCCUGAUAUCAUGGAAAGGUAGAGUUUUCUCUACUUACCUGGCUGUAGAAGAUCGGUGACAGCUUUUGGCAUGGGAGAGUUUGGCAGAACUGAGUUCCAGUAUUGUUCAGGAGGUAAUGCAGCAUGGCUUGUCGUCAAUGCAAUCUGCAGCAAGAGGUAAAAAUAAAAUUUCUAUUUAAUAUCCUUAUAUGAUAAUAGGCAGGAACAUAUUCUAUAGAGCAGGCUCAGAAACAAGAAAAAUAUUCCACAUAUUUGUUUUAGUUAUACUCAAGCUGUUAAGCUCGAACUUGACUAUAAAUUCGAAGCUCAAACUCGACUCAAACUUGAUCGAGUUUAUUUCAGGAGUUUGAGAUCGAGUUUGGUAAAAUAAUUAAGAAUUGAAUUUGACUCCGCUCGACUCAAUUAUCUACGUAAAAUUUUCAAAAUAUAUAUAAGGGCUGCUCAUGAUUAGGCUCGAUUAAGCUCAUGAGCAUGUCCAGUUGAGUAUUUUGAUACUCGAACUUGACUAGGCAGUUGGUUCGGAUAGCUCGAACUCGAGCUCGACUCAAUUUAAAACAACUCGAUUUUGAGCAUUUUUCGAGUCAAUCGAGAGUAACUUGCAAGUUGGCUCGAGUAAAUUACACUCCUAAGUUGAAGAUUGGUAAUCUUACAGUGAGAAAAACAAGCAUAUGUGGGAGAUGGAACUCCAUUUGAACUCAAAACAUACAAAAAGACUAAACAAGAUGUUUAUUCUGAAAAAGAAAGGUAGUGAAUAAAACAAAGGUUAUUUGAAGGAAAGAAGAAGCAGGUUGCUAAAUAUAUAUAGAAGAUUUAUGUCCUUUAGGAGUACCUGUGAAAUGGUAAAAACACCACCUACAUUAUCAGACGAUUUUAUUGCCUCAACUGUCCCUGCUUCACUCACUUGAAUGCAGCUUUUGUCAUGUGGUUGGGACACUUGUAAUAAGAAUAAGAAGAGACGUAAAAGUAGAAUUUCAUUGAUUAAUAUUAAUAGCUUUGAAUUUGCUUUUGGUAAUUUUCCUCUGUGCUGCAGAACAUGGAAUCAGAAUGGCUCCAAAUGUCCUGGACGAGUCGUCAUUGUCCAUGAUAUUCACUGAACCUCAAAAGCUAUGAAGUGUGGAAGGUACAGUGGCUCUUAAAUGCUUGGACUGGUGGUUCAAAGUUUAACGAACAACUACCGUAUUAAUGAGGUUAGUAGGGGUUGAGAAAUGCCCAUCAUUUUGAUUGUGUGUUCUAAUUUCUCAGCUUAACAUUAUGGUUUUUGACAUGUCAGAGAUUUAAGAACCGUCUUCUAGUUAGAAUAGUCGGCUAAAUUGAUGAUGGACUCUGCUCAUCCUCAUAUCGAUGGGUUGACUGAGUGAGAUGUACAUUCUGACCAGCUUUCUCUUUAUCUGCCUUGACAAGACCACUCAAGCUCUAUUAAGAACCGAAAAGGUGGCCGAAUUCACGGUUCAA